AUGACCUUGACGAAUCUUCAGCUCCCACAGGCUGACUUGGGUGCAGUGUCCCUAGGCAUGCCCAAGGAGACCUCCGACAAGGAGCUAGAAGAAGCCAGGAGCGCGGUGGUUCCCUUGGUCGCUGCCACGGCGGGCAUUGUCGACGACAAGCUGCUGCUGUUCAACGAGUAUCCAGAAGAGGAGGAUGCGCCCGUGGAUCCCCCGGUGUCCCCGUGA